AGAGCUGUGGAAGUUGCUGAUAAUGCCUCUAAGCUUUAUGAAGAUAAUGAUGGGCUUAGAAAGGAAGAAGUUCAUGCCUUAUCAGGACCAAAUGAAUUUGCGGAAUUCUACAGCAGACUGCGAAGCUUGAAAGAAUAUCACAGAAAAUAUCCUAACGAGAUUGCAGAGCCAAUGCAGAUGGAGUUUCUAAAGUUAAAAGACAGCGAUCAUGGUGAUGAAAAUACAGGUUUGGUUGAGUUUACUGAUGAAGAAGGAUAUGGCAAAUACCUGGAUUUGCAUGAGGUCUAUGAUAUGUAUUUAAAUCUGAAAGGAAUUGAGAGAAUUGACUACCUGACUUACCUGGACACCUUUGACCGRUUAUUUGACAUCCCUAAAGAAAAGAAAACCACCGAUUACAAAAGAUACCUUCAAAGUUUGUUAGACUAUCUCUAUGGUUUUUUCCAACGGAUAGAACCACUCCAUGACAUAGACAAGGAAUUAUCCAGCUUAUCACAAGAGUUUGAGGUUCAGUGGUCUCAAGGAAAAUUUCUGGGAUGGCAG